AGGCAGACACGCGGGCAGAGCGCUGUAUUCGUCACUGACGUGUGACUCUUUCUCCGGUCACUGUGCGAACCUCGAGGAAAGCGUUCCCACGCGAGGACCCAGGCGCGCCGCGUGUGGGGACCGAACUGCAGGGACAUAGGUGAUGUUCCCGCACUACUCAGCCGCUUCCGGCCGCAUUUCCGGCUGUGGUUGUGCCGGAGCCGUCCCACGACGGUGGCUCCCGGGGCCCAAUUUUAGUGGUGCGCGUCCGCCUGCAAGAAGGUGAGGGGCAAGCUCCGCGCCGGCUGCAGGUGGCUGGGAGGGGAUGGAGCCCGAGGCCGGAGACCAUGGCCCGGCCCUCUGCAGUCUCCACAGCCGCUCCGGAGAGAUGAAGUUGCGGAAGAGGAAGUCCACGCUAUACGUGAACACGCAGGAGAAGCGCUCUCGGCGCCGUGAUCUUCUUGGAGAAAACAUUUACCUGGUCUUAUUUACCAUUGCUCUGCGAAUAUUUAACUGCUUCUUAGUCCAGACAAGUUUUGUUCCUGAUGAGUACUGGCAGUCUCUUGAAGUUGCACACCACAUGGUUUUCAGAUAUGGCUAUCUAACCUGGGAAUGGACGGAGAGGCUGAGGGGUUAUACUUACCCCCUCAUCUUUGCAAGCAUUUACAAGAUUCUGCAUCUUUUGGGGAAAGACAGUGUUCAGUUACUGAUCUGGAUUCCCAGAUUGGCCCAAGCUCUUCUCUCUGCUGUAGCUGACGUAAGACUUUACUCGCUCAUGAAGCAAGUGGGAAACCAGCAAGUGGCUCGAUGGGUGUUUUUUUGCCAGCUGUGCUCUUGGUUCACGUGGUACUGCUGUACCCGAACCCUUACGAACACCAUGGAGACUGCCCUCACUGCAAUCGCCCUUUUCUACUAUCCACUGGAAGGUUCAAGGUCCAUGAACAGUGUCAAGUACUCACUCCUGGUUGCGCUGGCUUGCAUAGUCCGCCCCACAGCUCUCAUCCCAUGGGUGCCACUACUCUUCAGACAUUUCUACCGAGAACAGAGAAAGCUCUGUCUGGUCCUGCAUCAUCUUUUACCUGUAGGAUUUAUAACCUUCAGUUUGUCUCUGAUAAUUGAUCGUAUCUUUUUUGGCCAAUGGACGUUGGUCCAGUUUAAUUUCUUGAAAUUCAACGUGCUGCAGAAUUUGGGGACCUUUUAUGGAUCCCAUCCAUGGCACUGGUACUUCAGUCAAGGGUUUCCAGUUGUCCUGGGAACCCACUUGCCCUUCUUCAUUCACGGCUGCUUUCUGGCCCCAAGGAGGCUGCACAUACUACUGCUGACCGUGCUGUGGACAUUGCUGGUGUACAGCAUGUUGGGCCACAAAGAAUUCAGGUUUAUCUAUCCAGUUUUACCAUUUUGCAUGGUGUUCUGUGGGCCAGGCAACAGAAGCAAAGUAGGCCUUUGGAGUUAUGCGUAUGAGAACUACACCAUAUUACGUGCAACUAAAAAGACCUAUGUGUGGUGGGAUCUAACUGGGUAUAACCAAACAUGCGGUGCUGCUCCUUAUAAGAAAAUCAUGGAUCUUAGUCCAGGAUACUCACUAGCCCACCUGAAGGCAUGGCGGAAGGCAGCUGUGAGUUUCCUGCUUUUGUCAAAUGUGCUGCUGGCCCUCUAUACUGGCCUAGUUCAUCAGAGAGGCACUCUGGAUGUUAUGAAUCACAUUCAGCAAGCCUGCCCUAGGGGUCCUGACCCAGCUUCCGUCUCCGUGCUCAUCAUGAUGCCUUGCCACUCCACUCCUUACUACAGCCAUGUUCACUGCCCUCUGUCCAUGAGGUUUCUCCAGUGUCCCCCAGAUUUGACUGGAAAAACUCAGUAUCUUGAUGAAGCAGAUAUGUUCUACCUAAAUCCCUUAAGCUGGUUACAACAAGAGUUUCGAAGCAAUGCAUCACUGCCCACUUACUUGGUCACCUUCAGUGUUCUGGAGAAGGAGAUCUAUGCCUUCCUCACUUCAGGGAGCUAUGAGAGGACUGCUAUUUUCUUCCAUACUCAUUGGCCAGAGGGUCGAAUUGGAAGUCAUGUACAUGUCUACGAACGAAGAUUAACCAGCAGAGUCAACACAGGAGGGAACUGAACUGUAAAGACGUCUACAGAGAAGUUGGCAUAACUGAGGGAAACUUCAGGUGAUUCGUGAAAUGAAGAGGAAGCCACUGGGUACAGCUGUACCAUAUACCAUAUUGAGGCAUUCUGAGAAAACACUAAUGCGAACACCAGAUUUGAAAGAGACCUUUUGUUUUCCUCACGAUGCAGUUUAUUGUUCUUCCAUAGUGUUCAGGUGUGCAAGAGCGUUCACAAGAACAAGUCAGCAAGUUCUUCACAAGCCAAUGGGCUCUUGAUCCCCCAGAGAGACAAAAGCGUAAGAGUAGAAUAUGUUAGAGGAGAGUCCCAGCUCAGCUCACUCAAGCCAUACUGCACACCUCAAGAUGGCGCUUACUGCCCUGCAUGAAAUGAGCUUGCUCUUAGCUCAGCUACUCAAACCAAGCCCUGUUUCAUGCAGAGUGUUUCAUGCCUGACUUCCUUAAUAAAACUACCAUUUUAUUUUUUUCCAGAGGAAAAAAAAAUUUUAAAACAAACCUAAGCUACGGGGAAAUGCAAGUUAGUAAGCUUUGCUUUUGCGCAAUAGAAAGCCAUCAAACCAGUUUUUUUAGAAAUGAAAAGUCUUGGGAAUUUCAUCUUAAUUUCAACAAUGUAGAAAGCAUCCGCAUCUCCUAACUUAAUCAUGAAUCAGUAUUUAGGGUCAAAAGGUAACCGCCCCAAUUCUAUCUCAAGGUUUGCCGUGUGUCUUCCGUUAGCGCGACUGUAUUUUUGCCAUUUACCUUCCCUUUUAUAAGGCUGCGGAUGAAGGUGCUUCUGCUCUUGUUUUCGGUGCCUGGAGUUUUCAAUAUUUACCAUACGUUGUUGCUUUUUAUCAGGUCGACUGAAAGUAGUAAACACAUUUUUUAUCUACGUUAGAGUUCAGUUUUCUAAAAGUAAAACUAACUUAAUGUUUCCGUUAAUCUACUAUCUGAACACUGCCAAAAGAUAAAAUAUAAAAUAUAAUUCUAUUAUAAUACCAGAAAAGAGGAGAAUCACUAUUUUUCAACAACAAGAAAAAAAAAAAAAAGACAUAAAUACACCUGCAGUGGCUGGAAGGGGAAACCUAAUAAAUGAUGAGGAACAGGAAUGUGACAAUAAAAUAAUGAGAUGUUUCCAGUUUA